AUGCUCCGGUGUCUGGUGAGCGUUAGCACCGGCACCGGAAGCGUCCUCUCCUCUUUCUCUGCUUUUCCUUUGCCCUGCCUCCUGUAUCCUUUCCCCCCUCCGAGAUGCUGUCGUUUCUGGACUAGGGUUCCGUCGCUGGUUUCCGAUCACCGCUCGCGAGGAGGUCGUCUCUUUUGGUGGAGCUUCUCUUUCUGGACUCAAGGCGAGGUGUGGGGGUGGAAGCAGGAGUGUUUGAGUCGGCUCUUAGGGUCUGGUCAUCUUCUUCAGUUGCAGAUGCGUUUGCAGGUUCCGAAAGAUGGGCUAGUCAGCCUUGGUGAAGGUUGGUUCAGUUCUCCUCACGGCGUCGUGGCGAGGCGUCCUCCUGUCGCUGUUAAUAGAGGCUACGGCUUGUGUGCGGUGAUGGUAUUCAAACCCGGUUUUCCUUCUAAAGGUGACAUAGGCGAGUGGUGUGGAAUCCGACAGUGCUCCUCAGGUAUGCUGUCCUCAUUCCUUUUCUCCUUUGGUGUCUUGUGCGUAAUCGACAAGGAAGAAUGCAAGCUUGGCAAGAUCACUGAAUACUAG